AUGAACAUACCGCAUACCCCGAUCCUCAUCGGCGAAGCAUCGGACGCUGCGUUCGCCACCAGGUUCCGCCAGGCCAUCUCGACGGCCGAGCAUAGUCACAUCCCGCGGGUCAACUACGCAACUGAUGAAAGGCUCCUCGCGCUGUCCGAUAUUGACUGCCCAUGGCCCAGCCCGGCGAGGGCGCGCUUGCUGGUCGGGGUCGCACUGCGAUAUGUCAGCCGUUGCUACCACAUCGUCCGCAAGAGUCUAAUCCUGGAGGGAUUGGAGCAGACCCUACAGAACCCGGCUGAGAGUGAUUCUCUUCUCAAGAGCAAGCUCUGGGCGCUAUUCGCCAUCGGGGCUAUGUACUCAACUCGUUCGGCCACCUCGGAGAAGCACUUCCCGGGCAUGGACUACUUUGCACGAGCCACUAGGAUUCUUCGAAUUGUCAGCGAAAGACCAAGGAUUGACGUCGUCGAGUUGAGGCUGCUGCUUUCGUUUUACUCGCUUGCACUCAAUCGACGACAUACUGCAUACACCUUUGCCGGCUCGGCAACUAGACUGGCCGUUGUGAUGGGCCUUAAUCUCAAUGUUCCCGAGUCACAGCUCAGGGAUGCUGCCGCCCGCGAACAUAGGGUCAGGGUAUGGUGGACGGCAUACAUCUUCGACAGGAUGUGGGCAGCGAAACUCAGCCAUCCCGUGGCCAUACAGGACAUUGACAUCGAAGUCGAUCUCCCGUCCAACCCGAAAGUGGAUGAGAGCGUUGCAGACGAUUUUGCGGACGCCUCUUAUUCUAUUGCUAGCGUCAAGCUCGCUCGCCUUUUGGGCCGGGUCGUUCCAUCCAUAUACCGAAGACGAGAACAGCAAACCUCAUUGUCACAUAGAGUUCAAGAGGCACUCAAAGAGCUUCGUGCCUGGUCUGAGGAACUUCCGCCCCAGCUCCACAUCGACUUCAAGCCCACUUCAGAACGUACACCCAAGCCAAUCUCUUUGCACCUCAACUUCAAUCAGUCCUAG